GUGCAGGGAUCCGGUUCUGUUCGUAUUAUUUCUACCCAACAUGGAGCUAAGGGUGGGAUUUUGUUUUUUGUGCGUUUUGCUAACUCCGGUGCUUUGUGAUGAGAGUUGUUUGAGACGUAGUGAGAGCUUCUUGUCGAAGCUGGAUGCAGAGAUUGAAAAUAUGAAGAAAAGUAUUGGAGAAUUUUCUUCCUUCACAAAAGAAGUCAUGUGGAAUGCAAUGCAAAUGGAAAUGCGGCUUCGUGUAAUGAAGAUGGAAAUGGAAUCUUUUCGACAGACAGCUGCAUCAGGGCUCACAACAGUGAAAGCUACAGAACCUAUGAUCACCUCCACUGCAGCUUCAGCAGCUUCGGCAGCCUCUGCAGCUGCACAAGCCUCAGCUAUUGCUGGCCCGUCUCCUGGGACAUCUUCAAACUCUGCCUCAUUGACUAGUUCUUGCAGUUUGCAGAAGCUUCUUCAGGACCAAUUUAAAGGGAAUGUAUUGAUUGAAAUUAAAGCAGCACCGCCCGUCACAGAACCGUUACCGCCAACAACCGAAAAGCUCACCAAAACAGCUUUAUACCAUUUCACAGAUCAAAUAUCUUCAUGCUCUGAGGCACCGAAAACGGGAAUCUACAGUUUAAAACUGCCGUCUAACGUUUCAACGGAAGUGUUGUGUGAUGCAGAAUACGAUAAAGGUGGUUGGGUUGUGAUUCAGUAUCGUUUCAAUGGUUCGGAAGAUUUCUUCCGCAACUGGACGGACUACGAAAGCGGAUUUGGAACACUCGACGGAGAGUUUUGGCUGGGAAAUGAGAAAAUAUAUCAGCUUACUGCAGAAAAGCCGCGUGAGAUAGCCUUUCUGAUGGAGGACUUUGAGAACAACAAAGCAGUAGCCCGCUAUGCUACGUUUAAGCUAGGCAAUAAAGCCGAACUGUAUUCCCUGAAAAGCUUAGGAUCAUUUAGUGGAACUGCGGGAGAUUCGCUGUCGCGUAAUGUGGGGUCCAAGUUUACUACGCGCGACAUGGAUAACGAUACAUCUGGUAGCAAUUGUGCCUUGCUGUACUUUGGAGGUUGGUGGUACGACAACUGUCAUCUAUCGAACCUGAAUGGCAAGUACACGAAAGGUCCAACGACGCAAUACGCAAUAUCUAUGUGCUGGAACUCGUUCAAAGGGUUCCAUUAUUCACUCAAAUCAUCACGCAUCAUGGUGCGUUUUUAAGAGCAUGUAUAAGGAAAACGCAUUUGCCAGUAGCCAUCAAUCGAGAUUUUUACAUAGUGAAUUGUUUUAGUCAAACAAUCAAGCGGAUCCCAUAAAAAUUGUAACGACCUAUGCAUAACGAUACGUAUAUUGAUAAAAUGAUUUCAUGUAUCAGA